AAGAGUUCAGGCAGCAGGUCAACAACAUCUGUUAGCAAACCAGAAACAACCUUCAGAAUGGUGUCGACAUCCGAUUGUGUAAUCAAGACCAAAAUCAUAAACGGGAAAAAGGUAUCCAAACCAUUGAUGGAGAAGAAAAGACGAGCGCGGAUAAAUAACUGUUUGGACCAGUUAAAAUCUCUGCUGGAGAAUUAUUACACCAGCAAUAUUCGAAAACGCAAACUCGAGAAAGCGGACAUCUUGGAGCUAACUGUAAAACAUCUGAGAAAUCUUCAGAAGGUCCAGAGUGGAUUUUCCAUGAACUCCGAGUAUGCUGAAUACCAAGCUGGCUUCAGGAGCUGCCUAGCAGGCGUGAACCAGUACUUGGCAGACAACUCGAGUGAGAGCAGCAGUCGUUUGACCAUGCUGACGCACCUUUCAAGCAGUCUGCACUGCGCCGGAGGACAGGCUCAGAACUCCAGCACCGCGGACAGCGACACGGUAGCAAAACAUGUGCUGCCCGAAACUGUUGUGUGCUGCCCGAUGCAAAGACGUCUUCCUUCGACAGUUGGGCACGAAGUGAGCAAGGCACCGACCACCGUGCCCCUCGUCCGGUGCAUCAGGGCGCUCAAACCUUACAGCGCCACGGUGCGCGUGUCAGAAUCCAAACCUACUAAACUCUCCGCAGGGACCAGUCAAGUCAUCGUAUCCACAAAUAAGAUUAAACUAAAUAACAGUCUCAGCUCAUGCUACAGAAACAAGUGUCUCUCAAAUGGUCAAUACAGCCAUGCAGUUACCAUGCACAAUGUUUGGCGUCCUUGGUAGCAUGUUGAAUAGAGAUUUAUUUGAACUGAUAAAUACUUUGUGUAGUAUUUGCACGGUGUAGAUUUGUAUUUUCUAAAUACUGUUUUUACUAUUGUACAGAUUU